CUUGGAAUUGCCACAUCACUGUAACUCCCUCUCGUUAGUCUAAAGUACCCAACUGAAGAACCUUUCAGUUCCCCUCAAAGUACUGUGAAAGAAACAGAGCAUUGUAUCCGAAAUAAGGGAAUAUUACCCAUCUCCAGCAAUCCUCUGCCUCUCAUGGCUUUCUUCACAAUAAUGCUUCCAAGCAUCCUCCAAGAGAAGAAGCUGAAAUUGCCUAGGGAAUUUGCCGGACAACAAGGCGGGAAGCUGACGGGAAGGGCUCAACUUUCCCUGCCAAACGGUCGAGUUUGGGAUGUUGGCGUUUUGAAGGGACCGGCAGUGGGGGAAUUUUGGUUCGACGAUGGCUGGUCCCGUUUCGUGGAAGAAAACUCUGUUUCGGAAUACUGGUUUAUGUCAUUCGUUUAUGCGGGAGCUUCAAGUUUCAAAGUUAAGAUCUUUGACCUCACCACUUGUGAAAUCGAUUACCCUUCAGGCGGCUUUGAUAAUGAUGGUGUCGAAGAGGACGACUCGCCGUCUGUCCAGAUUCUGGAUUCUCCUCCAAAUCCACCAACCCAGCAAACUCCUCAAUUCACCGCUGUUGAAGAUGGUGACGAGGACGACUCUGUUCAGUUUCUCUGUUCUUCCCAGCCACUCAAGAAGAAGAAGAACAAUGCUUCUGAUUCGGAUGGCGACCAAGAUUUGGGUGAAAUGCUGGUAAAGGAACUGAAAAGGAGGGAGAUCUUCCUUGGCUCAAAGCUUUCACGCAAACUACAUGGAUGGUCGAUGGAAAUCAAGAUGGCAGUGAAAGAAGCCCUGGCGAUCAAGUGUGGAAACUUACCGUCUUUCCUUGUGGUUAUGCAGCGACACAAUAACAAUCCACAUCGCAUGUUCGUGCCACUUGAGUUUUGUAAGGAGCACAUGAUGAAUGCUAAAUCUGUGAAGCUGAAACUUUCAAGAGGAGGGAAGGACUCAAUGUGGGAUGUCGAGAUGCGCUUCAUGGAUCAAGGAGGGCCGCGCCUUUCUGGGAAAGGGUUUACCAAGUUUUACAGAGACAAUGAGCUUAAAGUUGGGGAUGUUUGCUUGUUCCAGAUGCUGCGGAAGGUCAAUGUUGUGCUCCAAGUUUCGAUCUGUGUUUGUUAGUUAGUGACUGUUCGAAUGAAAGCCUCAUUUGGUGUGUUAAUGGUGGCAUUUUGGCUUGCCAAGUUUUACAGAGACAAUUUGGUGGUGACCUUAGUGACUGAUAACUCUUCGAAUGAAAGCCUCAUUUGGAAGUAGAGAAUGUUGAAAGAGGAACACAAUGAUUUGUACCAUAUCUCAUCUAUGAGUAGCCU